GUUUAUAAACCACGGCCGGUGGGGGCAGUAACCGGCACUCUUGCAUCCCCACCCACCACAAUGCUGCCAGAGAACGCAGUCCUCGAUAAUGGCCUGGCGACCAUCGGCGCCAUCCUGUGGUCCAUCCAGGUCAUCCCGCAGAUCUACAAGUCGUACAAGACCAAGUCGACCGAGGGGCUCUCGCCGCACUUGAUGCUUAUCUGGGCCACGGCAUGCCUCUUCGAAGGCGCGUACCUCGUCUCCAUGCGCUCGAGCUUGCCCCUCCAGCUCCAGCCGCAGUUCUUCGGCCUGCUCGGCGCCGUCUCGUGGGCCCAGUGCCUGUACUACAGCUACGGCUUCUCGCAGCGCAAGGCGACGAUGUGUUUGUUGGCCUUCUGGGCCGUGUUUGUGGGCUUUGAGGCCGCGUCGGUGUUUACGCUCUGGCACUUCCAGGCCAAGGGCAUCACCUGGCCCCUCCCGAUGUACGGCUACAUCACGACAGUGUUACUCGCCAUGGGCCUCCUCCCGCAGUACUACGAGAUCUGGGAGCACAAGGAGGUGUUUGGCAUCUCGAUGGGCUUCAUGCUCAUCGACAUUGCCGGCGGUCUCUUCUCGUCCGCCUCGCUGUUCUUCCACAACCCCUUCGACUACAUCGCCUGCGUCCAGUUCAUGCUCGUCGUCGUGCUCGACGGGCUAGUCGUUGUGCUGGCACUCAUCCUCAACCCGAUCGCCGAGCGCCGCCGCGCAGCCGAGGGCAAGGACGACGACCUCGAGGCGGCGCCGUCUGCGAGCGCAGAGCCAGAGACACAGCACCUCCUUGGCGGGUCGAGCUCCAUCUCGCGCUACGGCGGGGCAGAGGGCAUCCCCGCGCCUGGGCGCCGCGUGUCCGUCGCCGCCGUGCCCCACUUUGGGUCGGUCCACCAGCACCACCACAUGGCGCGCAAGAACAGCGCCCAGGGGCAGAACUAGCGGUGUAAGAGUUGGAUGUAUUAAUAUGGACUGGGCGGGCGUGGG